AUGGACGGUUCAAUGAGGACGUGGAACGUCGAGAUGAGCGGGCCGCAGGACGCUCGCAGGGACGAGGCGGUUGAUGGGGCGGCGUCCGCGGCGGGUCGACCCCUCGAGAACGGGAAUUCGGGCCCGCCGACGCCGCGGGGAUCGCUGCUGCACAUCCGCGACGGCACGAACGGGCUCAAUUGCAGUCUGGAGUGUCCCUCCUGCGGAGGCCCGCCCCGAGACCUGGCCUUAGCCAAGCCGCCGAAACCGGACCCGAGGAAGCCCACGGCCCGCGAGGGCUACCUCAAGUGGGACGACUACUUCAUGGCCGUCGCGUCGCUCUCGGCGCAGCGCUCGAAAGACCCGAACAAGCAGGUCGGCGCUUGUAUUGUGUCUGCGGAGAACGUCAUCCUGGGCAUCGGGUACAACGGGUUCCCGCGGGGCUGCCACGACGACGACCUGCCGUGGGCGAAGGAGAGCGAGAACGGGGACCCGCUGGACACCAAGUACCCGUUCGUGUGUCACGCGGAGAUGAACGCGAUCAUGAACAAGAACAGCGCCUCCCUCCAGGGCGCCCGCAUCUUCGUGACGCUCUUCCCGUGCAACGAGUGCGCGAAGCUCAUCAUCCAGGCCGGCAUCCGCGAGGUGGUGUACUACGAGGACAAGAACGUGCGGGACCUCGCGGCGGAGGGGGUGUCUCCCACCAAGGGGGGCCUGCGGAAAGACCCCGCGUUCGCGGCGUCGAAGAAACUCCUCGCGAUGGCCGGCGUGGCGCUGCGCCAGCACCGGCCACGGCAGCCCGUUGUGCUGGCGCUGAUGCCGUGA